GCGACACCGUGUUAAUCAGAGCGGGAGGAGGGAGGGAGGAGAGACGCAGCCGAUGGGCGACAUCACAGAGAUAUAGACGAAGGUACGAUGCGCCUCUUGCAACGCACGCGUCCGCCCUCAAGAUAGUUACAGCGAGCAGCCUGAUCUACUCGUAGGGACAGCAGAAUAACUACCUCGCGAUGGAAGAAGAGAGAACUCCCGAGGAAACUGCGAAGAUGGAGGCAGAGCAACUCCGGAUAGAAGUAAAGCUGACACGGGAGAAGAUUUCCAAAGUUGCUCCUGACAUCCUGGCGCACGUGGAAUCGAAUAUGGCUGAUGACCCACUGGUGAAAGGAGUUCCUGAGGACAAGAACCCCUUCAAAGAAAAGGGCGGCUGUGUAAUUUCAUGAGGAUGAAACAAGGAAGGAUUCCCACAUGUACAUACAUGCAUAGAUACACAGCCAUGCGAUUGAUGUGCUCCUUGCAUGUCUCCAUGGUAACCUGCUGUCAUUGUGUGUAUAUGUACGAAUGAGGACCAGUCAAACAGUUUAAGAAACAGGACACGAAAAGUAAGCAGAGAGAAAAUUGGGAUGGGUCCCUCGGGGAUCAAAGCACUUAACCAGCACUGCUGUGAUCCUGUGGUUUAUUCGGGGCAGCCACCCGUGAUUAAAUUGGCUUCUCAAGUGUUGUGAUUUGAUGAUCUCAGCCCAGUUACGACUGAUUUACAUACGGUCCCCGAGACUCACAUCGAGACCUAUAGACUCGCGUAGACCGAGUCGUAAUUAAACCGGGUCCUCAAGUGUAAUGAGUUGAUGGUCUCAAAACCGUCACCGAUGACGCCACAAAAACACCCAUAUUAAAUUAGAUGUUUCACUGAAUUUGAGACGAAAAAAUACACCUAUGAGAAUGUUAUUUUGACUGAUAAAGGACAAACGUUUAUGUAGUAGCGUGCAUUGGAAAGUACACCGCCCUGCUUGUGGAUAAAAGGUCACUUUAAUGAAUUUCAGAAGUCGUUCCAUGAUAUCACCUUCAGCGGGCUGUUCUCCAGCAAAGGACUGCUUUGUGCGAUUUUCACUGGAGCUUUGCUAAUCACGUGAUAUAUGAUAGCACAAGCAGAAUAAACGUUUGGGAAAUAAUAUGUAUACAAUGACUCGUUCAUACUUGAAUUGUACAACCAUGUCAUUGCUUAUUUCACAGUAACUUAGAAUACUUUGGUGAAAAUAGGGCUUAAAUUAGGCAUGACAUCGUCAGCUCUGCUUUUUAUUAGUCUCAUUUUGCAAACGUUUUGACCACCACCAAUACAUCUAUCUGAGCUCCAUAUCACUUGAGUAGAUUGAAGCCAGCGUGAUUUACAAUGUUAAGCACGACACGUCCCGCAGCUAAACUUAUAACAUUUUGUAAUAAAUCAUGCAGUGCUGAAAAACUCGGGAUUAUGAAGAUUAAAUUAAGCAUUGCUGAAACUUGCCCUAAAACUUCUGCGACGCAGAUUUUAACCAAUCAGCCGGUUUACACGUAUGUGUAGUCAAGAACGAGUUAAGUGCAAUAAAACUGUCUAUUUUGUCCGUGUUUAUAUGGAUUACAUACAAUUUUAAGUACAUGACAGAGCAAUACAACUAAUAAACAUCCCCAGACA